ACAGCAGAUUCCAAAAAAAUUUACAGUAAAUACAGUGGGAUUUUUACCCCAGUAGAUUAUAGAUUCAUAGGGAUACACAAUUCUCCCUCCCAAAUUUUCACUUUUCACCAUUGUUUUCUUCUCCCUAUUUUUUCACCAUUGCCGCUAAUCACCCUGCAAGUUAUAGUGGCAGCACCAUAGAUUCACAGGGUUGUGCGGCAAGAACACCAAAAACCCUCCACUUCAAUCUUCAUCCACCCCCACACCUUUUCUCUCAAAUUCUCCGUCGCCAUCUAAUCUUUCAUAAACUCCCCUCUUUUACUCUCCAUUUGCACCGCGGAUUCUUAGCAGAUUCGUGAAGCAAUUUCAAAGUUUUUUCCUUUUUCCUUUUUUCUGGGUAAAUGGGGAAAAAGGUUAAGAAGAAGGCUAGAAGUGGUCACAAGGAGAAACGGGUUGCUGCUGGAUCUCCUACCGCUACUCCUCAACAGAGUACACAAAAUACUGAAGCUCCAGAAGAUGUAAAUGUAGUUGCUAAAGAGAGAAAAGCAUGCCCCCAUAUUGAUAAAGCUGUUAAUCUUGAGAAAGUUUCUGCAAAACUUGGUUCGUCAGAAUCUAUUACGUGUGAAGAAUGCAUGGGUGGUGCUGGUGAUAAGCGGCCUGGUAAGGGGAAGAAUAAACAUGGGAAAAAGAAGGCAGGCGUGGAUAAAGCUAUAUGGGUUUGUUUAGAUUGUGGUCAUUUUUCAUGUGGAGGUGUUGGUUUGCCUACUACACCUCAAAGUCAUGCUGUUCGGCAUGCAAAGAAACUUCAUCAUGCACUGGCUGUCCAGUUUGAAAAUCCCCAGCUUCGUUGGUGUUUUUCUUGCAGUGCACUUAUUCCAGGCGAUAAAGUAGAUGACGGUGGUGAACAUAAAAAGGUAAUACAAGACAUAGUGAAACUAAUUAAAGGAACGCAACCUGAGGGUACUAAUUUAGAUGCUGAGGAUGCGGUGUCUGGGAGUGGGAGUGGGAGUGUCACAAGUGGUGUCAUAUCGAAACAUUCUGCAUCCGAUGGCUUGAAUGGGAAAGGCGGUUAUUCUGUCAGAGGAUUUAUUAAUUUAGGGAAUACUUGUUUUUUUAAUUCAGUGAUGCAGAACCUUAUUGCCAUUAAUAAGUUGCGGGACUACUUUCUUAGGUUGGAUGGUUCGAUUGGUCCUCUCACUGCUUCUAUGAAGAAGCUCUUCACCGAGACAAACCCUGAAGCUGGCUUGAGGGGUGUUGUAAAUCCAAAAUCUCUUUUUGGUUCAAUAUGUUCGAAGGCCCCUCAAUUUCGAGGAUACCAACAACAAGAUAGCCAUGAGUUGCUUCGAUGUUUGCUUGAUGGCUUAAGUACUGAAGAACUUACUGCAAGUAGAAAAAUUCAUGCUUCCAAGGAAGGUGACAAGUCCCCAAGUGCAGAUCCUACUUUUGUUGAUGCCAUCUUCGGGGGGCAACUUUCUAGCACAGUUAGUUGUCUAGAGUGUGGACACUCCUCGGUAGUCUAUGAACCAUUCUUGGAUGUCUCUUUGCCAGUUCCAACUAAGAAACCUCCAUCUAAGAAAUCUCAAACGGUAAGUCGAGCAAAAAAACCAAAACCUCCCCCAAAGAGAAGUGGAAGGAUCAGUGCAAAAGCUAGCAAAUCUAUAAUGUCUCCACCUGCUCAGAGUGUUCCAGACAAUGGCAGGACAUCUUGUGGUUCAUCACAUUUGAGUACACCUGUUCCAGAACCUGCAGUGGUUCCUCUCGGAGAUGCACCAAUGGAUUCCCUUGAUGCAAGUACUGUGGCCGAUAACAUGGGUUUAAUUUCACAUGUACCCUCUGCCACUCAGGAAUCUGAAAAUAAUAGAAUAGAUGGAGCAGAAACGUUAACCUCCACAGAUAGUUUUACAUGGUUAGAUUAUCUUGAGCCAGAUUAUGAAGAUUUAACUUUACAAAGUGACAAUAUUUCAACAAGUAAGUGCUGUGGGAAUGAAAAUUCUGUUCAGCAGGAUGUAUCCUUGCAGAAGAAUUUGGAACCUAAUUUAGAGACAUCUUCUUCAGACAAUUUGGCAAGCUUGAGUAAUCAGGGACAAGAUAAAGUGUUGCAUAACCAUGAUAUUGCUUCUAAAUUUAAUGAAAUAGCACUAUUUGGAGAUUCUGGAGCCGGGGAUGCAACUCAAACUCACAAUAACACAGAAUCCUGUAAUCAAAUUUCCUUUGCAGAGUCAAACAUGGGAAUCAAUUCUUCUACACCAUGUUUGGAAGAUGAAGCACCAUUACAGGUACAGGAUUCAGAAAUAUUGUUGCUUCCAUACACAGAAGAAACCUCAAUUUCAUGUGAGGUUUCAUCUGUAGCUGGUUGCAAAGAAGAUGCAGUGGACUUUGAUGGCUUUGGAGGCUUAUUUGAUGAACCCGAGGAGACUGCAAGUUGUUCUGUAAAGCCCUUGCCAAAUAGUGGUGCCUCUGACACAAAAGAACUUGGAAAAGCUGGUUUUGUUGCUGGGAACAGCAGCGACUCUGAUCCAGAUGAGGUUGAUAAUAGUGAUGCUCCGGUGUCUGUGGAGAGUUGUUUAGCUUAUUUUACAAAGCCUGAGCAGCUUACCAAAACUGAGCAUGCCUGGCAGUGUGAAAAUUGUUCAAAAAUUCUGCAAGAACAAAAGAUGAAAGAGAGGAAGGGGUUGCUGAAACAUAGACGUGAGAUUUUGGUGAAUGGGUACGGGGAUAUAAAUUCUAGUGAUACCCCUCCAGAGCUUGCAGUUGCCAAUAGAAAUAUGGAAGGAAAUGUAUUGGAUUCUAUUGAUCAUAGCUCGUUGUCUCAAAAUGGAGAAAGUAAUGGCCAUGUCAACAUUGUACACAAAGUUAAUCAGAAAGCUGAGGCAGAUGCUGUAUCAUCGCAGUCAGAAGAUGCCUGUAGUGACAAAAACAAUGACACAUGUAGUGAGGAUCCUCGUGAUGGAUGCCACAAUACUAAAACUAUGGAGGGAACUGACCUGUCUUCUGGAAAAUCUAAAUCAGAUGAAAUCGAGGACGAGGAGAUGGACUCUGAAAUUGUCAAAGUGAAAAGAGAUGCAACUAAGAGGAUCCUCAUCAAUAAGGCCCCUCCAAUCUUGACUAUACAUUUGAAGAGAUUCAGCCAAGAUGCUCGAGGCCGGUUAAGUAAAUUGAGUGGCCAUGUUGAUUUCAAGUAUACGAUUGAUCUUAAACCAUAUAUAGAUCCCAGCCGCUUAGAGAAAGAGGCGUACAAAUACCGAUUGCUUGGAGUGGUGGAACAUUCGGGGACGAUGAGGGGAGGACAUUACGUUGCGUACCUAAGAGGCAAGAAGAACACAUCGCAAACUGAGAAUGGAGACUUUGUGUGGUAUUACGCCAGUGAUGCUUAUGUGCGCGAGGUUUCUUUGGAAGAAGUUCUACGCUCCGAGGCAUACAUUUUGUUUUAUGAAGAAGUUUGAAAUGAAUAUCAUCAUAUAUACCCAACUUGAUAUUAUUUGAUUAUUUUAAAGUUUCAAAAUUCAAAGGUUAAAGUGUUCCAUAUGAGAGAGGGGGGUAGAGACUAGAGAGGGAGAGAGAAAAGUGUAUUACUGCAUUCACAUUGUAUUUCUUGCCCAGUUUUGUUUUAUAAAUUUUGUUUGAUCAAUGAGCCUCUAAAGAUGUAUUUCUUUAGAAAGGAAAAGAAAUUGUUCUACACUCAUACCA